CCUCGAACUUUGUCACCUUAGUCGGUCUUCUACGCUGCACAGUCGGUCGCCAGAAAACACUUGUAACGUCCUUUCCUCUUACAGUUUCCUCAAAGACAUGAGAAGAUGAUACUUCGUGGCUUCUUCCUCCUAGGGCUGCUUGGAGCAGCUGUCGCUCAGAACACAUGUCCUGACGGAUGGCUAUCCUAUCAGCAGUCCUGUUACAAAAUCUUCAACGACCCAAAAGACUGGAACGAAGCGAGAACUGCUUGCAACGCCUUCACAUCGGACCUUGUCAUUCUCACCAGCGCAGCGGAGCAGCAAUGGAUGGCCCAACAGUUACCGAACGAUGGAGGCCAGUACUGGAUCGGUCUGCACGAUAUCCUGGGAGAGACGAACUUCGUGUGGGCGGACGGCACACCCUUCAACGCAGGGAUCAAUAUGUGGAAUACUGGUGAGCCCAACAAUGCUCAUUCUACCGGCGAGGACUGUGUGGAAAUGUUUGUACGGUCCAACGUUGGCAAGUGGAACGAUUUGGCAUGCACGGCUGCAAAGCCCUACGUCUGUGAGCGAUAUACAGGUCUUGUUGAUGCCUGUGACACGGCCAAUGGCUGGGAGCUGUACAACGACCGCUGCUACAAGUUCAGCGGGAGCCAGAAGGAGACCUGGCUCGACGCCCAGUCCAUCUGCCGCUCGUAUGGCGGUGACCUGGUCAACAUCAUCGAUGAUGCAGAGAACAACUUUGUCAUGUCCAAAGCACUAACCAUACAGGAAGCUGUAUAUAUCGGUCUCUCAGACACUGCCUCUCCGAACCAGGUGCAGUGGAGUGGAGGUGGUCCGCCUGCCAGCUACACCAACUGGGGUCCCAACGUCCAAGGGUCAGACGGAAACUGGGCCUAUCCAGGAGCAGUGUGUAUCCAGAUGUUUCCCAAUGGAGGGAAGUGGGGACCUAUCCGCUGCAGAAAUGAAAGAGCUUUCCUGUGUGAAAAGGGGAAGCAGCGGUCAUGUCCUGCUGGAUGGCGCAACUACAAUGGCUACUGCUACCAAUUCAACAUCAACCCCAAAAUGACGUGGCCGAACGCCAGGCACUACUGUGAGAGUCAUGGUGCCAUGCUGUUAACCAUUCACAGCCAAGAUGAGCAGAACUUUGUACAGACACUGUUCCCCACCCUGCUGGCUGGAGGAGUGCAGGACCUGUGGCUGGGAAUAUCUGAUGUGGCAGAUGACGGACAUUUUGACUGGGUAGAUGGCAGUAAUGAGACGUAUUCCAACUGGUUCCCAAACAACCCCACGGAUACAGCUGGCAGCUGGGACUGUAGUAGGCUAUAUACUGGAUCUGACCAAGGGCAGUGGGAGACUACUAGUUGUUUCUACCUGCACGGCUUUACCUGCAAAAUUCCAGAUGGCGAAACUCUUCUUUCUGGCAGUUGUUAUCAUCCUAUGGGAAUGGAAUCAGGGUACAUUCCAAAUGAAAGAAUCACCGCUUCAUCAACAUUUGCUCCGACUCAAUCAGCCUGGAAUGGUAGGCUCAACACACAGAAUGGUGUGGGUGGCAGCGAGGGGUCCUGGACUGCUCAAACAGAUGACCAGUACCAAUGGUUACAGGUUGACUUGGGCCGGCUGAGCACCAUCAGUGGUGUCAUCACCCAGGGGCGGAACGGUUUCACGGGACAGGGAGGCGGACAGUGGGUCACCUCGUUCAAACUGCAACUGAGCAACGAUGGCCAGACUUUCACAACAGUCGUGGAUGCCACUACCCUCCAGGAGAAGAUUUUCGCAGCUAACAACGACAGAGACACAGAAGUUACAAACCUCCUAGAUGCCCCAGUUGUCACUCAGUAUGUGCGCUUCAAUCCGCAAGCUUGGACAAACCACAUAAGUAUGAGGGUGGAAGUCCUGGGAUGUGACAACAGUGGACAAUUCAUGACAUGUCCGGAUGGGUGGUCCCUGUUCCAAGGGAACUGCUACUAUUUUGAGAAACAAGAGGCCAGCUGGAAUGAUGCAGAUGCCUUCUGCAGACAGCAAGGCGCCAACCUUGCCAGUAUCACUUCAGGAGCUGAACAGAGCUACAUCCGCUCUCACAUGAACACAAGACAACACAUAGGUUUUACAGACAAGGAUGUUGAGGGGACGUUUGUUUGGACUGAUGGCUCUCUUGUUACAUUCCUCAACUGGAAUGGCAAUGAACCCAACAAUGCUGGAGAGGAGGACUGCACUGAGCUGAUUGUGGACAGUGGGAAGUGGAACGACAUCCCCUGUGAUGGGAGAAACCGUGACUACACCUGUAAAAAACCUGCAGAAAUAGGAGCACCACCAGUGAUACCAACAACAAUUGGCUGGACCAGUGGAAAGUGCCCCCCAGGGUGGGACGAGGACCCCAUGAGUGACUACUGUUACCAGGUGAACGUGGCGUCCUUCCGUACCUGGCACCACGCCAGAGAGAACUGCCAGAACAACGGUGGCGACCUGGUCAGCAUCACCACUCCUCAGGAGCAGUCCUACCUCAACGGUCGUUUGAGUGGAGUGAAUGGUGUGGCGAGUGUGUGGAUCGGUGCUCACGACAGAGGCACGGAGGGAGGCUGGGAGUGGAGUGAUGGACAGCCUUUCACAUACCUGAAUUGGGGAGGAGGAGAACCCAACAAUGCUGGUUCUGGUGAAGACUGCACAGAAAUGUUGGUCAGCAAUGCCCUGUGGAACGACAUGCCCUGUGAUGCUCUGCGUGGUUACAUGUGUAAAAGAAGAGGAAAUGUGCCAACACUACCACCACCCUCAGGUAGUUCCACAGAUGCCACCUACACAUACCAUCUGUGUGAACGUUACCAGUUUGACUUGAAUUGCAAUGAUGGCAAAGUCAUUGAUAUCAUAGACGCCAACUACGGACGGACAUCUCAGACUAUCUGUGCCGACAGUCCUAUCUCAGUCACCGAUUGCGUGUUGCCCACGAGUGUGGACGUGGUUCGUGGGAUCUGUGAUGGGCAACAGACGUGCACACUUCAGGCAACAAACGCAGUGUUUGGGGACCCUUGUAGUGGGACAUACAAAUAUUUGGAAGUGACUUAUCGCUGUGUGAGCCAAGUAUGUUUACAACCACUUGGCAUGGAAAAUGGGGACAUUCACGACAGCCAGCUUGCUGCAUCUGGCUCAUGGAACUACCAACACGGCCCGGAGCGCGCUCGUCUGCACCAAGGUCAGGGAGGAGGGGGCGCUGGAGCCUGGUGUGCCGCCACCAAUGAUCCUAACCAGUGGAUAGAGGUGGACCUUUUGAAUCCAACAAGUGUGACAGGUAUCCAGACUCAGGGUAGGGCUGACUAUGAUCAGUGGGUUGAGACCUUCCAGAUCCAGUACAGUGAUGACAGAAGCACAUGGACCACAUAUGCAGACACCGAUGGAACUGUACAAGUCUUUACAGGAAACUCUGACCGCAACACCGUUGUGACCAACACAUUCCCCAACCCAGUCCUGACCCGCUGGCUCCGUGUCAACCCACGGACUUGGAGUGGCCAUGUCAGCUUGAGAAUGGAGAUCCUGGGAUGUGAUCCAGGAGAGCUUGUGACCUGCAGCACUAGGGCUGACUACAGAGACGACAUGAGAUAUCAGGUCUACUGUCCACCAGGCUGUGUGUCCAAUUACCACUUCCUCUGGGGAACUGGCAUCUACACAGACGAUUCUUACAUCUGUGUGGCAGCUCUCCACGAUGGUAGGAUCACCAACGAACACGGCGGCAGGGUGACAGUAAUCAAGAGUGAUGGCCUGACAAGUUACCAGGGGUCAACACAAAACGGAGUCACCUCAAGCUCAUAUGGUGACUGGACAAGUCAUUAUUCCUUUGCCUUUGACAUGGGACAACUGCGCUGCCCUCUCGGCUGGUCCCCGUAUGGAGACAACUGCUACAUGGUGAUGAUGGAUGCGGCCUCCUGGUACGAUGGUAGCACCAUGUGCCGCAGCAUGAACGCUGAACUGGUCUCCAUCGCUGACUUUAACGAGAACUACUUUGUCACAAGCAUCAUUGCUGGAGCUGGCACCAGACAGGUUUGGAUUGGUCUGAAUGACCAGGCCAUACAGAACUACUUCCAAUGGUCAGAUGGAUCAAGGAACACCUACACCAACUGGAAUGUCCUGGAGCCCAACAACUGGGCUGGGCAUGGCGGUGGCCAGCUGGAGGACUGCGUCUCCAUUUUUGUUGCCGAUGAUGGGCGACCAGAUGAUCCCAGCUACAGUGAACAUGCUGGUCAGUGGAAUGAUGAGCUGUGUAUUAAUACCAUGCCCUACGUUUGUGAGGCACCUAAACAACUGCUGACACCACCUACCGUAGAACCAACCAUUCAAGGCUGUGAACGGGGCUGGCUAGGCUACAUGAACAGAUGUUACCUGAUCAGUGAGAAUGACGAGACUUGGCAGAACGCCAGGCUCUUCUGUCAGAACAAGGGCGGAGAGCUGCUGCAUGUCAGGGACAGAUUUGAGCAGUCAUUCAUCGGCAGUCAGCUUGGACAGUUAGAUGGUUUCUUCUGGAUUGGACUCUCUGCUACAGUAGAUGCUUCCACUGGAGCUACGAACUAUGUCUGGGCUAACAACAUGCCCUUCACUUAUGACAACUGGGAUCUUCUUCAACCUGAUGACGCCCAGGGUAGCUGUGUUGCCAUGAAUGCUGGCAUGGGUGGCUCGCUUUGGGAUGACCAAGACUGUACUUCCCAGAACAAGUUUGUCUGUGAGGUGGAGAGGAUUGGAGUAACGCGACACCCUUCACUUGUGCAAACCACCAUAUCAACAGAUCCAUGUGCUCCUGGAUGGGUGGGCCAAACUGGAACAAACUAUUGUUACCAGAUCAACAAGCCCGACCAGUUCAACGUAAAGACUUGGGAGGAGGCGCUUGCAAACUGUCAGGCUAAGGGUGCCGACCUUGUCAGUGUACACAGCUCUGACGAAUCAAACUUCCUCCUGACACAGAUGAAUGAUGUAUUUGCUCAGUACUGGAUAGGCCUGAAUGACAAGAGUGUUGAGAAUGGAUUCACGUGGACAGAUGGAACACCCGUUGGGUUCACACUGUGGAAUGACGGGGAGCCUAACAAUGCUGGGAGUGGGGAACAUUGUGUGGAGAUGGUGGUCAGUUCAGGAGCAGCGUUUUGGAAUGACAUGGACUGUGGUGCCAGUAGGAACUGGGUCUGCAAAUUAAGAAGAGGAAUACAGCCAAUACCUGUGACAACAGUAGCACCAGUGACAUAUAGCUACUGUGAUGGAGACCCUAACUGGGUGUCAUACGGAGGAUCUUGUUACCAUUUCAACGACACCAACCUGAUGGGCUGGCUGCCAGCGCGACAGACCUGUCUCCUGGCCGGCGCAGAUCUCACUUCCAUCAACACCCCAGACGAACAGGACUUCAUCUUCAGAAAUAUUUUCCGGUCCAGAAUCAACACCUUCUGGCUUGGAAUUCGAGAGUAUGGUGUGAACCAGAUCUACAGCUGGUCUGACAACUCCCCAUAUGUCUAUCUCAACUGGAACGAUGGGGAGCCCAAUGACAGUUUUGGUGAAGAACAGUGUGGAGAGAUUUACAAGGGUACAGGAUCAUGGAAUGAUGCAAACUGUGGAGCUCCUAACGGCUUUAUCUGCAAGAGACCGGCUGUUCCACUUACCAUGCCUCCCCACACGGACCCAUGGAAGGGCACCUGUCAACCUGGCUGGAUAGAGUAUGGAAACAAGUGCUACUGGAUUGAGAACUCUAACAAGAUGAACUGGACUGCAGCUCGGACAUUCUGUCAGGGCCAGGGACAGUAUUCUAACCUUGUUGCCAUCGACAACGAGUUUGAGCAAGCUUUCUUGAAUGCCCAGCUGUGGCCGUACAGUGCAAGAGAAGACAACCUGUGGAUUGGAAUGUCCGAGCAGGUCAAUCAGCACAUGUUCCUGUGGACCUCUGGGCACCCUGUCUCCUUCACAAACUGGGUCAAUGGUGAACCUAAUGACUGGAACUCUAAUGUAGAAGAGUGUGUGGAGAUGUAUGUACUAGAAGACAACGUAGGAAGGUGGAAUGAUGAACGAUGCGAGCAAAAUCGGGGCUUCAUCUGUCAGGACUACAAAUCUGAGACCGCCUGCCCUGGUGGAUGGCUAUCCUAUCAGCAGUCCUGUUACAAAGUCUUUGAAGACCAGAAAGACUGGAGCUCAGCAAGAACAGCCUGUGGUGCCUACAUGGCAGACCUUACCAGCAUCACCACAACUGCAGAACAGCAAUUCAUGUCCCAGCUGAUACCCAACAACGGAGGCCAGUACUGGAUUGGACUGCAUGAUAUCCCGUCAGAGACAAACUUUGUGUGGGUGGACGGCACACCCUAUGAUCAAGCAGUCAGUAUGUGGAAUCCUGGCGAGCCUAACAAUGCUCAUGCUACCGGCGAGGACUGUGCGGAAAUGUUCGUGCAGGACAAUGUUGGCAAGUGGAACGAUCUGGACUGUGCAACUGCCAAGAAAUAUGUCUGUGAACGAUCUCCUGAAACCAUAGCGACCCAGUCUCCAGUCACCCCUUGCACGAUCCCGGGCUUUGUGUCUUGGCGUAAUGGCUGUUAUCAGCUGGUGAGGAAUACCCAGGAAGGCUGGCCUCAGGCCCGCGAGGGGUGCCGCUCCAUGAGGUCCCGCCUGGCCAGUGUUGCCGACAUCUAUGAGGAGAACUUCUUCAAGGCUGCUGUUAAGGGGAAGGCUUGGAUCGGCCUCUCAGAUAUGGAUAGUCCCGGAGUGUACCGCUGGGAUGACAGCUGGCCUGUGCUGUACACAAGGUGGGGUGAGAAUGAGCCGAGUAGGGACGUCGGUGAAGGUUGUGUGGCAAUUGAGUAUGACGGAAGAUGGGAUGAUAUCCAGUGUGAAACCAAGCUACCCUACGUCUGCAAGACUACAUCAGACAUACCGCCACCUACUCCGUACCCAGUUCCUGGCCACUGCCCAGACAUCUCCUGGUUCUCCAUAGGUUCCAGCUGUUUCUAUGUGGAGCAAGGCGAGGACCCUGCAAAACAGGUCACCUGGUAUGAGGCUGUAUUUGAGUGCCUGAACAGGGGAGGACAGUUGGCAAGCAUCCACGAUGAGACAGAGAUUCGUGGGUUUGUACACCGUGGGCUGAGGAACAACGUCUGGAUUGGCAUGUACAAAGACAGAUAUCAGUCAUUUGUCUGGUACGAUGGAUCAGCCAUUGCCUACACCAACUGGGCAAAGGAUGAGCCUAACAACAACAACAACAACGACCCAGAAGACACGACCAUAGAGCCAGAAAACUGCGUGGAGAUGUACAGGGAUGGCAAGUGGAAUGACAAGGAGUGCUACGCACAGAGGGGAUACGUCUGCAAGACUCCAAUAAUCCCAGAUGGGAAUCCAGUCUACCCCACAUCAGGAACCAUGUCUACGGUGAGCACAGUGACCACAAGAACCCCCAGCACACAGAGCUCACAGAGACCCCAGACACGGACCCCCACCCCUAUCAGGCCUGUCACCGGCACCCAGCGCCCUCCUGUUGUCUACACCGGCGAUGGCAAUGCCUCACCUCAGAAGCAAAAUGGCGGAGGUCUGGACACAGGUGCCACUGUUGCUAUCCUGCUGGCCGUCGUUUUUGUCCUUGCCCUGGGGAUAGCCAUUGGUUGGUUUGUUCUGCGGGGAAGGGCAGGCUCCCCUCCCCUACUGAAGAACAUGGACAGUGGGGGAGCCGUCGGAUUUGAUAAUGCCCUCUAUAGCUCUGGUACAGAUGUAGUUACCAUGUCAAACAUCGGUGGAGAUACCUCAGCAUAGACCACCACUCUUUCAACUUAGAGUUUUGUAUAACAUUGAUUUUACAACAUACAUGUAUGAAGAAUGUUUUCAAUCUUUAAGGCUGAUGGCAUUUGUACAUUUAUAAUGAUUAUAGCCAUUUAUAUCCUGAAGGAUAAUGAUGUAUAUCCUUAAAAAUUUAAAUUGGCCCGAGUUGAACAUUUGCUUAAUAAUUAUGCAUAUCAAUAAGAUUCAACUAGUAAACAUUUAAUGACCAAAAACAUAAAACUUAAAUCUCUUAAUUGUUGCUACACAGAGGAUUCCCCCAGCUAGAAACAGUGUUGGCAUUAGAUGGUAAAUCAAAACACACACAACGUCUACUGAACUGUACAAACCGAUUCUGAUUGUACAAUUGCAAUUGUGCAUAUGUAUGUUCCUAGGCUUGUGCAAUUUUAUGCUGCUUUACACGUAUACCCAGUCAUAUGUAUCACCUGCUUUCAGAUCUCCUUCCAGGUAAUCAAUUGUACUCUAAUUCUUGUGUCAAGGAGAUUCAAUAAUAUUGCAGCAUCUCAAACAAUAACACAGAAAUGAAUAAAUCCCACAAAUUUAGCAAUGAUUACUUUUGCAUGACCCUCUUGAUAUCAGGCAGUACCAGGUUACUUGAGUUGUACAAAUGACGAGAUGCAUUUUAUUUGCAAUAGCCAACUCUCUACAGUUGUUGAUAAAGGAAGAAAGGAAUUGUUUAAGUUUAUACACCCUUGAUGCUGCUGUAAUAUUUUUAGAUCAGCAGGUCUACUCCAGGUCUAUUUUAGUACAGAUUUAUUGUACUCUUCACUGAUCACCAGGAUUGAAAUGUUAUCAUCUAAAUGUCAUAAAUAAAGACAUAAAGUAAUUUCUUUAAAAA